AGCCAUCAAAAGAGCCACAUCUGGCUCCCGAGCCAUAGGUUCCCUACCCCUGCUUUAAAAUAAAACAAAAAAAACUGAUACCCAUAACACUGGAAGUACUAGAAAGCCACUCCCAUAAUAGGUAGAACUAAUUAAGCAGUUUUUUUUGUUAAAGUUAACAAUACUUUAUGGCUUAGAUUUUAUCGGGUGCCACAUAUUACUGAUCAUUGCCAACAUAAAGCGAUUUUAAAACAAUAUAAAUUAUGCAUGUGUGCCAAAAUCUUCGAGUCAGAGCAAAUCUGAUAACAAAUGUUUGCCUAAUUGCUGCUAUUAUAGAUUUGCAAGCAAUUUUAGCAUUGGUGUCCACUCCCUCUGAAGUCAUUUGGCCCUUGGGUUGUCAUGAUAUGACACAUCAAAACGCACGGAUAAAUGCCAGCGGGAUGUCUGAGAAACCAGCCUUUGUUUCCGUGCAGCAAUCGCUGAGAAAGUCCUUUGAUGCCAUAGAACCACUGCAUGAAGAAUGGAAUAAUACACUUUUAGAGUGUAACCCACACCUAACUUCUUUAAGUAAUCUAGCAGAACAGCUACAGGCCUGCCAGAGAGUACUGUUUAAGAAAACCCCCCUGAGCAGCUUUAUUAACCUGCAAGAACAUCUUCGUUUUAAACUACAAGCAGCUAUGGAGUUUAAUUUGGAGAUCUUAAAUCAGAAGUUGUCUACGCUGCAGAGAAUAAGGGACUCUGUAAGUCAGGUGGUUGGAUCUGUCCUCUACAUGUAUGAGACAAGCAUUGAAAAAAUUGGUCUUGAAGCAAUUUUGGAGCGUUCUUCUCUCUGUCCUUCCAUAGCUGACAUGUUAGAAUGGCUACAAGAUAUAGAGAAACAUUACAGAAACCAAUACCUGCAGAGGAAGCUUCUCCUACAAGUGUGUGGCGGUCAUUUGUCAGAUAUUCAGGCAUUGCCUCAGUCCUGGGCCAAACUGAGAGAUGCAGCAUCAUCCAAACAGCAGCAUGUUGAAGAUAUUUUAUUAAGUGUAUCCUUCUUUCGCAUGUCUACAUGACACGGAGAUACUUCUUAUGGUAUGACCUGUUCCGAGAUGGAAAUAUUCUAAUCUUUUAUAAGGAUCUAUUAAAUGCAGAACAUUUGGCAACAUUAUUUGGGAAGUUAUUUUGAACUUGAACCUCAAACAUUGUAUGCCCAAGUAUGGCCCUACCUGUCAGCGCAGGACAACUGGGGUUCAGUUGUUUCUCUCUGGAGGCAGGACAAACUGAAAGAACUUCUCCAAUCUCCUUCCUUCUAACUAAUUCUCCUUCCUAACUAAUUCAGUCAGUGCUGUACUAGUGAGGGGACCACAGGCUGGAGUCAGCCAUCUUUUUGCACUUUUCAGGCUGUGUCCGGCAUUGUAAAUAAGUCUUAAUAUCUCUGAAUAUUGCAUGUCUUAUAACAUGGAAUGAUGUUUAAACCACUAUUUCAUAAAAAUAAAGGUUUUCAUUAAAAAUA